AUGAUAGCCCUGUCCGGAUCCCAGCCUCGAUUGUGCAGCCAGGCCAGGGACGGGUCCCCGCCCGACCCGUUCACCCCCCUCGAGAUCACCGUCGUGAGGGCCGCGUCCCCCAGGAGCGGGUUCAUGGGCCCGUCAAUACGGUUCGGGUCGUGGUCCCUUAAUCGUCAGCGAACGUUCUCAACUCGGACGUCUCGUCAAUCGAGCGGGCCUCGAGCACCAGGCCACACUUCGAGCAGAACGUGUCGCCUGCCGCAUGAUCGAACACUACCUUCGUGCUCCGCUUGCAGUCCGAGCAAUACGUGUUCGUCAUACUCGGCGGCAGCAGUUUUAAUGGGUCAAUCAAAUUGGGUGGAAACGAUCGACGAACGGAAUCGGGUGUGGGUUGAAAUUCUUGAUUUUGUUGGAGCAGUGAGUCAACUCACUCGUUCGCCAGAAUCUGAUCAUGCAGAAAGGGGAGAAAAGAGAGGCGGCGGUUGCGCUUGUCGACGGAGGUGUAGGGCCGGUGGGUGA